UGUCACUUUGGCAUACGUUCAGAGACAACAAUGUCCAGUGUACCAGUGGCCGUGGUGACCGGGUCCAACAAAGGGAUUGGAUUCGCAAUUGUGCGGGCUCUAUGCAAACAGUUCCCGGGGGAUGUGUACCUGACAGCCCGAGACCCCGGCCGUGGCCAAGAAGCAGUCGCAAAGCUCCAGGAGGAAGGGCUGCGUGCACUUUUCCAUCAGCUGGAUAUUGAUGAUCUGCAGAGCAUCAGAGCUCUCCGUGACUUCCUAAAGGAGAAAUAUGGAGGGCUGAAUGUGCUGGUUAACAAUGCAGGGAUCGCUUUCAAAGUUCAUGACACAACUCCAUUUGCUGUCCAAGCAGAGGUUACACUGAAAACAAACUUUUUUGGAACCAGGAAUGUUUGCACAGAAUUGUUGCCUCUUGUGAAGCCUUAUGGUAGGGUGGUGAAUGUCUCUAGUAUGGUAAGUAGCUCAGCUCUGGGAGGCUGCAGCCGAGAACUACAGCAAAAGUUUCGCAGCGACACGAUCACGGAAGAUGAGUUAGUGGAACUCAUGACCAAAUUUGUGGAAGAUACCAUGAAAAAUGUGCAUGAGAAAGAGGGUUGGCCAAAUACUGCCUAUGGGGUAUCCAAAAUCGGUGUCACAGUCUUGUCCAGGAUUCAAGCCCGGAUGUUGAAUGAGAAGAGAAAAGGUGACCACAUCCUUCUCAACGCCUGCUGUCCUGGGUGGGUGAGAACAGAUAUGGCAGGUCCUAAAGCCACUAAAUCGCCAGAUGAAGGGGCCGAGACCCCAGUUUAUUUGGCUCUUUUGCCUUCUGAUGCUGAUGGUCCUCAUGGCCAGUUUCUUAGUAACAAAACUGUUCGAACCUGGUGAGCUUAUGUACGUGGACCCGUGCAAG